UGAUUUAAUUUUGACAGACUUACAGAUUUUGCAGCCGCCAUUGAACUUCCCGAUGAGCCCAACCGCAAGGUAAUCGUCUAUCGCCCAUUCAUGUUCUACAGUUCUGUAUUUGAACUCUUGAACGUGAAUCAUAAAGGGAGAUGUCUCCUCGUCAAGGUAGGCAGAUCGGUUUGACUUCGAAGGCGCAAUGUGGCUCGUCGUGGCCACCAGACUAUGUUUUCAUGGUCUGGGCUCGUCAUCAUCAUCACCAGCACAUGAUGAGCCAGCCCGAACGAGUUACUUCGUGGGGAUUCUGUGGGGCUUUCAUGGGGAAUCUCUCCAUGAUAAUUAUCAUUCCGGGGAUUUCGCGGCAGCAGCAGCGCCACUUGUGCGUCGAAGGGACUGGUGCAAAAAGUUCGGACCUCCACAAUCUAUGAAACGUCCAGUCUCGAAUAAGUCAUCGAUACAUCAAGGACUCGGCAUCGGGCGAGGUGGUAGACGCCGGUAUAGUGUGCAUUGCCAUUACUGUACCGCCAGAACAUCUAGCGUACAGCUUCGAAUUCUGUCCAGUUCGGUCAUGUAGUCUUGUCCGAACCGAUUAUCACAACACGUGCUGGAUCACGCGA